AUGCAAGGCGGAGACGAUCCCGGUUAUGGAGAUUCGGGACAGGGGGGCUUUCCACCCCCCCAACGCUGGGGAUCGAGUCCCACCCCUCCUCCAUCCCAGAUGUGGAGUCCGCCAUCGCCGGCGCCGUGGCUACAAACACCCCAAAACCGGGGGCAGUCCUCGGCCUAUCAGCAGAGAUAUGCGGGUCGUACCCAACCGGGGACGGGCGACUAUCGACCCAACAUGGACGCGAUUAACUUCCCGUCCCAAUUUCAAUCCUCCCCAUUUCAGAGUUGUCAUUCUCCGCUUGAUGAAUCUGAUAGAUUCACAUGGGAACAAUUGAUGGGGUCGCCUGAUACCCCAUUGCCGACGCUCGGUCGUGUAGAGACGGGGAGAGGAGGCGGUGGAAGAAGCGGUGGCGGGCGAAGUGGCGGCGGGAAUGGCGGGCGAAGGGGCGGCGGCGGCGGGCAUGGCGGAGGAUCCGCGCGAGGUGGCGGCGACGGCGACGGUGGGCAGGGCGGCGGCCGCGGUGGUCGCGGCGAUGGCGGCGGCGGGCAGGAAGGCGGCGGCGGUGGUCGACGAGGGUUUUUGUACACAGAUGCCGAGUCCAUUGCUAUUGCGAGGGCAUGGGACGCGGUGACGACAGAUGCCAUAGUUGGCACGGAUCAGACCGACUUAUGCUUCUGGCGGAAAGUCUUGGUGGUGUACAAUGAAUUCAAACCGUCGGGGAGCGUCGACCGUACACCCGAUCAGAUUCGGAAGAAGUUCGGCAGGAUCACUACAACUCUUCGGAAGUUCAUUGGUAUAUACGAGAACCAACUGCGCACUGCGAGAGUGGCCGCAGCGAAGCCGACAUAA